AUGAGCUCCGACGAACGCGCCAAGGCCGACGCCGCAGCCGCCUCGGGCGCUGCUGCCGCCGUGGGUGAGACCAUCUUCGACAAGAUCAUCAACAGGCAGAUCCCCGCCAAGAUCGCGUACGAGGACGAGCAGUGCCUGGCCUUCCACGACGUGAACCCGCAAGCGCCCGUGCACAUCCUCGUCAUCCCCAAGAAGCGCGACGGCCUCACGCAGCUCGCGCACGCUGAGGAGCGCCACGUAGCCGUUCUGGGCCACCUGCUCUACGCCGCCAAGCUGGUCGCCAAGCAGCAGAAUCUGGACAAGGGCUUCCGCAUCGUCAUCAACGACGGAGAGGACGGCUGCCAGUCCGUCUUCCACCUGCACCUGCACGUUCUCGGUGGACGCAAGCUGGACUGGCCUCCCGGGUAA